AGGGUUUUAGAUUGGGGCUUUACACCACAAUUUCUAGAGAGAACGAGAGAGAGAGAGAGAGAGGCUCGCACUCAGAGAUCAAAUGGCGUCGAGGGUUAGCUUGAAGAGCAAGGGCAAGACGACUAACAAGGGCUCCAAGGGUUCCGACGACCGGUCAAUUUCUCAGGCCGUCAAGGAGUGGACCUCGUGGACCAUGAAGAAGGCCAAGGUCGUCACUCACUACGGUUUCAUUCCUCUCAUCAUCGUCAUCGGGAUGAACUCCGAUCCCAAGCCCCAACUUUCUCAGCUUCUCAGCCCAGUCUGAGAUCCGAUCCCAAUCGGGUCGGGUCGGGUCGGAUCGGUGGGGUCAUGGGUCGGCGCCUAUUCGUCGAAUCUACAUGGUUUAUUUCAUGGUACUACUGUGUAGUGUAGUACUUUAGGGAGGAGGUAUUAGUUUUUUUUUAGUAUGUUAUUGUCGAGUAUUGUGUAUGCUUUGGCAUGACGAACAAUGGGUUAUAUUUCAAUGAGAAAUUUGCGUUUGUAAUUUGAGUUUA